AUCAUGCUGUCAGCUCCUGGCUUCCUUUUAAUCGGCUGGAGCACUAACGUCAUCGUCCUCGGUACAGGACUGUUGUUUUACUCUUUUGCUGCAGCUGUAGUCGUCCCUUGCUUGUCUACGGUGGUAUCCAGCUACGGGCUGGAUAGCCAAAAGGGGAUUGUGAUGGGCAUCCUAAGAAGUUUGGGCGCCCUUGCGAGGGCUCUUGGGCCGGUGGCAUCGGCAACAGUGUACUGGCUGGCCGGAGCUGAAGUUUGUUUCACCGCUUGUGCCUCUUUGUUCCUGCUGCCCUUUGUCCUGCUUCGGUGCAUGCCAAAGCAAAGCAAACAGGAGUGAACUACUUGGAUGGCGGUUUCCCUGGAAACUCAAGAAUUCAACUCCAAUUCAAGAAACCGAGUCGAUCCUUGGAUGACCAAACCAGGGCCAUCGGUGUAUUUUUCACAGCAGCCUUCCACCGUCUUUUGCCUGCAUUGCCUGCCGAGGUCCUUCUGCCUUCCGAUCUGGCUCUUCCCAUGGGACUGUGUGUAUGUGUGUGUGUGUGUAUGCCAGGGUGUGAGCAAUGACCCAUGAAAACGAGCCUUAGGACAAAGCUGCCCUCCUACAAAUAGGAUGGUGAAGAUGCUCAGUGCAUCAUGAACAAAGCCUCCUACAACCAAAGUCCUCUUCCUUCCAGCUGGAAAGACCUGUGAAUUUCCUCAUUCAAAGCAGGACGUUCACACACACACGCACACCUUUACGGGUUGGCCCACAAGGUCUUUGUAAUGAGGCCGUGAGACCCAAACAAUGUCAUGUUUGGUGACUUAACCUUGGAUUUGGCAUCUCUAAGUUUCAGGUGAAGGUUGUUGCUGCCUGUCUCACAUAAGGCUCUCCCCAUUUGCCUUCACCUAGAUUGGUGCUCUUUCUCCGUGCCCUUGUGCCUCUUUCCUUCAGCGUCCUUGUGCCCCUUUUCGUGUCCUUAUGCCUCUUUUUUGUGUCUUUGUGCCUCUUUCUUUUUGUC